AAGAAGAACAGAGGUGGUGGUGGUGGUUGUGGAAGGAGCAGGUGGCAUGGAGUCCGUUCGAGCUCUUCUGUUUCUAAUUUGCUUGUUUCCAGUGCUUGCCAAUGGCUUGACUCGGCAUUACAAGUUCAAUAUUGUGACGAGAAAAACGACCCGGCUUUGCUCCACCAAGCCCAUCGUCACCGUGAAUGGGCAGUAUCCCGGCCCGACACUAUCAGCCCGAGAAGGCGACACCGUGCUCGUGAAGGUUGUCAACCAUGUCAAAUACAACGUUACAAUUCACUGGCAUGGAAUAAGGCAGAUCCGAACCGGGUGGGCUGACGGACCUGCUUACAUCACACAAUGCCCGAUCCAACCCGGCCAAAGCUACGUCUACAACUUCACCCUCACCGGACAAAGAGGCACACUUUGGUAUCACGCUCACAUCUUAUGGCUUCGAGCCACCGUCCAUGGCGCCAUCGUCAUCAAGCCCAAGCUCCACGUCCCUUAUCCUUUCUCCAAUCCCCACCAGGAAGUCGUUCUUGUUUUAGGCGAAUGGUGGAACGCCGACACAGAGGCGGUGAUCAACCAGGCUACGAAAACUGGCUUAGCACCCAACGUCUCCGACGCCCACACCAUCAACGGCCAUCCCGGACCAAUAGCUUCUUGUGUUUCUUCACAAGAUGGAUAUAAAUUGAAGGUGAAGAGCGGUAAAACAUACCUGCUCCGCAUCGUCAACGCUGCACUCAACGAGGACCUCUUCUUCAAAAUCGCCGGGCACAAGCUCACCGUCGUCGAGGUCGACGCCAUCUACACCAAGCCCUUCACCGUCGACACGGUGGUGAUCACCCCCGGCCAAACCACCAACGUCCUCCUCACCGCAGACAAAACCUUAGGCCAGUACCUUGUCACCGCCUCCCCAUUUAUGGACGCUAUGAUCGUCGCGGUCGAUAAUAAGACCGCUACAGCCACCUUGCACUAUGAGGGCACUCUUUCCACCUCUCCUAUCACCGCCGUCAAAGUGCCCCCAAGAAACGCCACCUCCAUUGCCACCAGCUUUGCUACCUCGCUCCUUAGCCUCAAUUCAAAAAAGUAUCCUGCUAAUGUUCCUCGGGAGGUCGAUCACUCCCUUCUUUUCACCAUUGGGCUCGGCAUAAACCCCUGUUCAACCUGUGUCAAUGGUAGCCGCAUAGUGGCGGCCAUUAACAAUGUGAGCUUUGUGAUGCCGGAAACAGCUCUACUGGAGGCGCAUUUCUUCAAUAAGCAAGGGGUGUUCACCACGGACUUCCCCGGGAAGCCUCUCGUGCCAUUCAACUACACGGGGAGCGGCCCAACAAACUUGCAGACGACGAACGGGACAAGAUUGUAUCACCUCGCGUACAAUUCGCGUGUACAGGUCGUGUUGCAGGAUACCGGGACCAUUUCGCCGGAGAGCCACCCCAUUCAUUUGCACGGGUUUAACUUCUUUGUGGUUGGGCAGGGAGUUGGGAACUAUGACUCAAAUACCUCACCGUCGACGUUCAAUCUCGUCGACCCGAUUGAGAGGAACACCAUCGGCAUGCCUUCCGGUGGCUGGGCGGCUAUUAGAUUCAAAGCAGACAACCCAGGUGUUUGGUUCUUGCACUGCCAUUUUGAGGUGCACACGACUUGGGGGCUGAAGAUGGCGUUCUUGGUGGACAAUGGAAAGGGGCCUAAUGAGUCGCUAUUGCCGCCUCCGAAUGAUCUUCCGAAGUGUUAGCUCAGUUCAGUUUGUCAAUGAUUGAAAAUUGAGUGAAGGAUUCUGGAAAACCAAAAAGUCAAUAAAAAGUGUGUUUUCGGAGGUUUUAUUGGUUUUGUAUCUACCUUUUUCCUGUAAUUUUCUUUUUGCAAGCAUAAUCUGUAAAGAAUUCGGAAA